UCCACCCGUCCCCUUGGUCCUUGGUGAAAACAAAGCAAAAAUAGAAGAGACCUAAAGAGAGGGAGAGAAACAAAAAUAGAUUCCCUUUAAUUUAGAGCGAGUCACGGCAAAUUUGCCACCGAUCUAACGCAACGAGUGCAUGGAAGGAGUGGGGGCUCGACUCGGGCGGUCCUCCACUAGGUACGGACCGGCUACGGUGUUCACGGGGCCGGUAAGGAAAUGGAAAAAGAAAUGGGUCCACGUUUCCCCAUCUAACAGCGGCAGUAGCAACAACGACAACAAUAAUCACUCUCAAAAUCACCACAGCAGCAAUGGUACAUCUAACGGUAAUAACGGUUCGCAUCUCGUCCUUUUUAAGUGGACCCCAAUAUCGCAAAGCCAAAACAACAACAACAACAAUAACAAUGGAAUCAACAAUUCCUCCAAGGACGAUGCUGUGGCGGCGCCCGAGGAGCCGCCAAGGCGGAAAUUUAAAUACAUUCCAAUUGCUGUGCUAGAGGAACAGAAAAAGGAAGCUGCAGAAAAUGAGGCUGCAGAAAACGUUGAUGAUGAAGCUAAACCAAGUCAGACUGACCUUAGUGCAGCAGAGCCAACUUCCAGGGGUGAUGGUUUUGGUGAAAAACCUGACAUUAAUGACGUACCUAUGGAAGAAAGUGAGGAGGACAAUAAAAUAGUAAGACAAGAUCUGAACGACAGCACUUUGGAUUUGAGUUUGGGUUUGACAGCCCAUGAUGGUGAGUCUGGUUCAAAAACAAAUGGACAGUUGGGAAGAGUGAAAUCAAGUAGCGGUGGGACAUGAGUGUAGCUGUGCUGGUCGUUUCAGCUAAUAUAUUGACGCGGAUGAUUACUAGACAUUGGCCUACCCAUUUAUGGCUUAUUUCUUAGAGAUUCAAUUUUCCCUACGGCCUUCUAUCUUGCAAUCGUGUGUCUUAAGCUAAAUGCUUUGAAAUGGCUUAUCUUUGUACCUUUAGUUUUUUAUUUGACACUCAUUUGCCGAGCUGACUUCAACUUGUAUUAAUUUGAGAACAGAACAAUCUUUUUUUUUUUUUUUUUGUUGGACAUCCCAUAUUGUCUUUUCCCCUCUAGUUUUGUGGGACAUCUUGGGGACAGAAUAUGUUGGAGAUACAGAUUAAAUUGGUUCUCUCGAUAAUGUUCUUUGGAAAUAUUUCUGACGUUACACUAUGAAUCCGUUAUCAAAAUUAGUCCCAGCUGUCACAGCACACAGGUGACAUGCCUACCAUAUCUAAUGACGUUCGUGAGGAUGGCAGGGUAGCUAAAGCUAGCAAGCAGGAUAUGCUGAUACGAGUUAAAUUCAUGGACUCUGUAACAGGCAGACAGCCCAUUAAAGUAAUUUAAAGAAAAAGCAAACUUAUCAAUGAAUGCCAUAGGAAGUAAAU